UCUUCCGAGCGAGGCCACAGCGUAUGGAUGUGAACACAAGGAGUUACGGAUGAUCCGAGUCCCACAGCAAAGUGUGCCAGAUGUGUGACAUGAGAGAGGAUGAGACGGUGGAACAUGUAGUGCUGGAAUGUGUGAAGUAUGCCAGAUACAGGAAUGAAAUGAUGCAAGUGAUACUGACUGAGUUAGGGCAUGAUAGGAAUGAAAGAGUGAAGACAGGAAAAGAGUGGAUGGUGUUGUUGUUGGGACUGUGUAGGAGCGAAUGAAAGGAUGAUUGAGGCGGUGAAAGAGUUUCUGGAGAGAAUGUGGCGUGCCAGAUGUAAGAGCAAUUGGUGUAGAGGAUGUUGUUCGUUUCUCUCUUUUUUUUUUUUUUCUUUCUACAGGAGUUGCCGAUCCAAAGGUCUGGGUUAGGAGUGAUCCUGAGUCACCUAUACCAUCGAGAUCAAGAUCAAGACAAGAAAGCCGCGGGGCAUUGUGGGAGUAGUGCUGGAAAACCGCGGGUGUUUUUACUCACCCUUGUGUCCUUUGCAAGAUUUAACAUGGAAUUAGUUGUUAUAAAAAUGUGGGCUUGACUGAUUUGUGACUUGUUGAUUCAGAAGGAAGGAACGAUUAGCUUGUGGGUAAGGAAAUCAACAAACACUGCUGUGUUGGAGGACAAGAAUCAUGGAAGCUCAAGAAUCACAACUAGUUCAUAAUAUCUUCAGUCUUCUAACUGAAGCAGGCCAGUGGACAGAUUUAGAAGCAACUGCAAAAGUGUCCAGCUUACUGGAUACAUUCAGCUCUUUUUUGAAAUCGGCUCCGUCUCCAGAGGAGGGUGUACAAGCUACAAGAUUGGCAUUUGGAUCUGUAUUACCUCAUCUUCAAGUUGACAGGACUGCUUUUAAUUUUUUUUGUGUUGUCUUUUCUUUCCUUAAGCCUUCCCAUGAUUCAUUUUUGCAAAGAUGUUCUGGAAAGGAUGCAAGUGCCAGUAGUGAUACCAUUAAGCUACUCCAGCAAUGUUGUACAGUGUCAGAAUGCUGCAAACUGGCUCUGCAGUUUUUACUUCCGGCUGAAAAGAUUGCUGUGGAAUAUUUGAGUAAUCUUCCCCCAGUGUUUUUGAACAUUGUUUCUUCUUCAUUAACUCAUUGCAAACAGAGUGAAACCAUUUACAAUGGUCAAUUAGAGCAAGUGCAAGAUUCCCUGUCAGGACUCUACCAGCUUACUGUGGAAGUGGCUGUGGAUUUUGCAAAUCUCUUAUCAAGACUGAAAUUUGAUCCUUUAGCAGAAGAUGAUUUAGAAAUUCUUACAGAAGUUUGUGAUAAGUUGUGCACAACAGCUGCUUGCCUUUCCCAGCUGUCAGAAGUUCGUGGAAGUGUUACACUGUGGCGAGCUUACACAAGUCUCAUUCAGCAGUACCAUGGGGUACUUAUCACCCGGCUGAAUCUCUCUCUUCCCAUGACAGCAUUAGUGAAGGAGAUUAAAGAUGGACUUGAUACUUUAGCAUCAUUAUCUCUUGGAAAUAAUACAGUGGAAGAGAAAGACAAAAAAAUUGUUCAACGAAUCAUCAAAAUGACCAGCUUCUGCCUGAAGGUUGUCAUAGUGAUGUGUGAGAAAUUUCAUGGCUACUUGAUGGACUGUCACACAUCUCUAAUGCUGCUGAUUCUUUUGUUGUAUAGAUUUUCACCCAAGAAUGUAGUGUUGAGUGACUAUCCAGAAGGUGUAAAGAAAGAUCUUGAGCUUCAGGUGACCAUUGGCAUUGAACCACUUCUGGCACAUCUCAGGGACGAUGAAGGCUUCAUUGAAGAAGUGCUUAAAUCAGUACAAAAAGAAGUGAGCAUUGUGGAUGACUGGGGAUGUCACAUUCUUCUUUUGAUAGCAGUUCUUUUCCCUCUCAGAAGUUCUAUUACCCAUCAUAUGAACACUAUUGUAUCCAGGAUUUUCCAAGCAACAGAGAAAGGCCAUGCAAGUUUAUCGUUCCCUUGCAUGAUGGAUGGUGUCAUGUGUAAGGGGAAGCCUCUGAGUGCUGUGACGCUGUAUGAACACACUGUAAUGCACCUCUGUGCUGCUGUGGCUACCUUUGACUGUCAGCAGUUUGAGUCUUUGGAGAGAGAACUUGUGCAUUGGUUAUUCAGUGGGGAAAUGUGGCCAUCACUUCUAGCUGCUGAUGUCUGGUGCUUCAUUGCAAGAUAUGGAACAAGUGAAUUAUGCAGGGCACAUUGUACUUAUCUUGUGGAGGUUUUAAGCCAAACCCACACAGCCCCUCUCUCCAUCCAGCAACUUGUGACUGUUACUCUUUUAUCAAGACUUAUGGGAAAGCUUUCUCAAAGUCAUAAAGAGGAUAUUAUGUCAAGAAUUAAUGCUACCAGACAGAAUGAAAAGGAUAGAGGAAUGUGGUGUAGACUGAUACAGGAUAAACCUGAAGAGGAAGUACAGCUUGUUGAGUUUCAGAGCUGUAUGGAAGACUUCAUACAACAUGUGAACAUCAUUACUUCCAGAACUGCAACUGCAGAAGAUGUUAAGAGUC